AUAAGUUACUUCGUCCGAUAGGGUGUGUUGGUAAUUAAGUAUUCUGUUUGGAUGUUAAAGCGUUAGGAGUUUAGAACUUGUUUUACGGUGAAGUAAACAAGUUGGCUGCAAGGUGUAACAUGGAGAAUACAUAGUGGAAAGCAAAGGGAAGUGAGAAAUAACAACGGCUGCAGGACCAUUUUCCCUAUUUACGACUUUCAUUUUGCAGUCACGUGUGUUCUGCAGCCAUGCCCAGUUCUGCUGCUGCAAACUUCAAAAUUUUGUCUUCCUCUCCCUCUCUCUCUCUCUCUCUCUCUCUCUCUCUCUCUCUCUCUCUACUCUCCUCUCUCAGUCUGAAUCCACGGACAUAUGUCCAUCAGCUUUGCUUUUAAAACCCCCCAUUGAUAAUUAACUAUGCUGCAUUCAUAACUCACUCACCCCAUUUUUGUUUCAGAGGCAAAUGUAGUGGUUGGCAGUUGGGAACUUAGUAAUAUGGCUUAAAUUAGCUGCAAAAGUACAAAUUUUGGCUUCUGGGUUCCGUUCAUUCUUCCCUUUUCUCUUCUGGGAUUCUGGGGGAUUUUGAUUAUUCUGAAGGAGGAAUGGAAAAUGGGAGUUUGAAAUCAUGUUCAUCAUCAUCAGGAGCUUCAUCAAGUGGGUCUUCUUCGUCAGUUGGGGUGGUUGUAGUUGGGCCAGUGAGCCCAAAGUCCCCUCCUUCUGGUUCACUGGAUUUGUAUGGCAAGAGAAGGCAGCUUGUUAAGGUUCAAGUCUUGGAAAGAGAGAUUGCCCUCCUUCAAGUAAGUAAUCAUCCUCCCUUCUACUUCUAGCUUUUGUAAUUCAUAUAUUUUCAUUCAAUUUGAAGCUUGCCUCUUCUUUUUGCCUCCAUAGUAUGCUGUUUUCACUUUGUGAUGGCAUGCUGAUUUGAGACUUGAGAGGCAUUCCUUUUGGGGGACAUGGUUGUGUGGUGAUGUACCAAAGUCGAUGCCUUUUCUUCAUCUUAUAGCUGAAUUUGGUAGUGGAACCCAAAAGAGAGAAGAUAACUUUUCUCUCCUUGUUUAUGUCAAGAAGAGCUGGUUAUCCCCUUUUAGGACAACACUAAGCUUGGAGUUUGUACAAGUCUCUGUUGUACCUUGUUCUCUGUUGUACCAUGACUUAAACAUCAUUGCAAGUUAAAGGUGGUAAAGUGAAAAUGAUUUUCCCCCACUUUAUGAAACAGGAAGAGUUGAAAGCUGUGGAAAUCCUUCAACCAGCUUCAAAGUGCUGCAGAGAGUAAGGACAGAUAGGCCUUCAUCUUUCUUCCUCCGUUGCUCUGCUUUUCAUCACUGCAAAAUGCAAAUGCCGCAUCAGUUCCUAUUUUAACACUUGUUUGCAUUUGGGAUUGACAGGGUUCAUGAAUAUGUUGAUGGUAGACAGGAUCCUUUCAUCUCAAUGUAAGCCUACUUCUUUCAACUUUUCAACUGAAUUGCUUCAUUCAAAGAGUUCUUCAUGUGCACCAGAUAAUGUGGUUAGGUUUAAUCCCUUUCCUGUGCUCUUUCUUUCUUGACUGAAGCAGAAAAGAGGAGCCUCAUCAGUUGCAUAAGCCCUGCCUCUCCUGGAAGCAACUAUGGUAAACCAAAUCUUUCAUCUUGCAAUUAGGACAUGAUUCCCAAUUAGAUCAAGUUUAUGCUCCAUGGAGAACAAAAUUGGCUCUUUCAUUUAGAAUAUAAUCAGAGAAGUAGUUCAAUUCGAGUUUAGAUAAGACCAUAAAGUUGGUUCAGGUCGAGUCAUAGUUCGUCGGAUCAUUAUGAAUAACGGUUAUUUUGUGGAUUGUGAGCCAUGAUCGUUUGGUUCAUUGUGGGUGAUAAAUCAUAUUUGGUCAGGUCAUCAUGUAGUCAUGUACCGUGGGUGGUGAACAGGUUGUAACAAACAAAUCGCGAUAACACAGGUCGAGUUCAUCCGAGUCACGAGUCAAUUUUGGUGGGUCGGGGUUGGUUAUGAAAUGCCAGUAAACUUUGCAUCAGCCUAGACGGAUAGAGGAGGAAAUAACUUGUGAGAUGUAACAUUUUAAUGCUUGUGCUUGUGACACCACAUGUAUGUAAAUGCGACACUAAUACGACUAAUGUGUGGUACCAUUGUUUUGCUACUUCCCUCAAAAACAGUCUACCAUGGGUUUGCUGCCUCGGUGAAUGCCAAUGCCACGUUCAACUCCCAAAAUGCCUGUCCUGUUGCACCUGCCGCCGGCGUCACAACAGCGGCCACCGCCAAUCCGACUCCAACUCCAAGUGUUGUAGUUGUUUCGGGAAACCAACUUGCAAGAGUGGCAGCUGCAAUGGUUGUGGCCUAAUGAAGAGUGCAUCAUCUUGUCUAUCUUGUAGUAACUGUACAAAGGUGAACGGUUGUUGUCCUAGUUGUUCAAACAGUAGCUGCUGCUACAAGUCGUGCUGCUGUCUAUGAGUUUAGCAGCUAGAAGAUCGAUGUCCAUUUUGAAUGAUAAUACUAUGAGGAGUGACAGCCAAAGGGUUUGAAGUUGCUCUGUUUUCUUCAGUUGCGAGCUUUGGGUUUUCUUAUGGGAAUCAGUUUGUUAACUAUCUGGGUUCUGCCCUCUUCUUCCUCACGGUCUGUUGGCAAUACUUAGGAUUGGGCCUCUGAGCCCUUCCCGAGCUCCUCGGCCCAAUACAGAAUCCCCGUCUCCCAUGCCACUGCAGCUACCUCUACUGCCCAUAUCAUAUCACCCUUAGCAAGCAAUCGAGCCCAAUAAAAACAAAACCGAACAUGGGCUAGAGUCUUCUUGGUACAAUUUUUUUUUGGUUUAUUCUAUCACUCAACAAGGAGGCCUCUACUCUUUUUCCCCCUUUCAAUUUUCAUAGGUAUGCUAAAGAAGAUCAUAAGACGAAGCACCUCAUGAAUGUUCUGUUGGUAUUGCCGGAGGUAGAAGACUACUAGGAGCGAAAUCAUGUGCGAAUUUGAUUGCAGGUGGCUUUCAGGUUUAAGUUCCUGGGUAAUAAAAAAAAGGGGUAAAUGCCACAUUUGGUCACUAAGAUCUAGGGCUGUUAAUGAGUCGAGCUUAACCGAGCUUUGCCUUGUUCAGGUUUGGUUCAUUUAUAAACGAGCCGAACUCGAGCUUGACUCGUUUAUAAAAGAGCUGAGUCGAGUCGAACACGAGCCAGCUCAUUUAUUGAAUCUUGACUGUCAUUAAGAUCAAAAUUUCGGCUCGAAAUCAAUUAUAAGAUAAUUUAUGAAUUAAAUACCUAAUAUUUAUGUCAUACACAAGGCAUACUUGUUCGCAUACUCAAAUUAUUAAACAUCACAUGCGGUGUGAUAUACAAUUUAAUAAAUAUAUGCAUCAUUAACAAAUCAACUCAUAAGAUACAGAUCAAUUUUCUCAUAAGUCGUAAUCAAGUUGGCUCGCCAAUUACAAUGUUGAGAAAUCUCAUGAGUUCAAAAUUGGAUAGUUCAUGAGUCGAACUCAACAAGCCACCUAAUCGAGCUAGUUCACGAGCCAAACAAGGUUGAUCUCAAGCCUGGCUUAUUAAUAAACGAAUCAAGCUUUUUUAAAAUCGAACGAGUUUGAGAUCGAGUCGUUCGCGAAUAGCUUGGUUCAUCAACAGCCCCACUAAGAUCACUAAAUAUCGUGUCAUGUUUAGUCACUAAAAAAAUUUAAUAUCAAUUUUGGUCACUCGAAUUACUGAAACAUAUUACAUUUACUCACUCUCGCGUCAGCCUCCGUCCAACUCCAGUCACUCGAAUUACUGAAACAUGUCACAUUUACUCACUCUCCUGUUAAUAUGUAAGAUAUCGUAUUUAUGUGGAUGAAACUUGUACAGAUUAUUAAUUAACUGAUAAUAACACCAAGCAUUCAUGUAUGUAGGUAUAAUUUCAAAGUUUUUCUGCUGUACAAGUUUCAUCCAAAAAAUUUGUUUUCUAUGAAUGGGAUCCCAUGCGGCCAUGCCCAUGUCACUAUUAUUAUCCUAUCCUAUCCUAUCCUAUCCUAUCAUAUCCACGACCACGCCAUUACAUUAAGCUCACUAUGUAGAAAUCCAUUCAUUCUCUAUCUCACCAAAUUCCCCAAAUUAUUUUGGUUUAUAUGAGGUAGGUAGCUAAAUUUUAUGUGUCGUCCAAUUUUAUCGAAUGUUCCAAAUUGAACAAGCAGUUCGAUUUUGAUAAUCAUAUCAUAUUUCUUCUACAUGGAUGAGUUAGGUAGGGAGCUAAACUUUUGCUAAUUAAUAUUAUGCAUGCUUCCCAUUGCCAUUACACAACUCAACCUUUAAGAGUUAGGAGUUAGGACCCAUCAUGAUCCCCCAAUAACACCCAAUUUUAAUG